CGUGGCUAUGCAAAUAAGCGCUCCUCAGAAACUCAGGCUGAGUUGAAGAUUGUGGAGCAGUGUCAUGAAGUAAAGCGGGCUGAAGGUUGAGGUGUGAGGGAUAUGUGUGAGUGACUGAGGUGCUGCAGUGUGUGCUCUCUCUCUCUGUCUCAGUGCUGGGAUAUCUCAGCUCAUAGUCCUCUCAGAGCUAGUUUUCAGGGGAAUAUAUCACUCCAGUCUCUGGUCAUGCCACCUCAAAUGGAUUAUUUCUACCAAGAGUCGAGAGUGCCGUCGGUGUGCCUGGACCAGGACGACGGGCUGGAGCCCGCUGUGAGCUGUAUGCUGGUGGGAGACGGGGCUGUUGGAAAGACCAGUAUGAUAGUGAGCUACACCACCAACGGCUAUCCCACAGACUAUAAACAGACAGCCUUCGACGUGUUCUCAGGACAAGUGCAGGUAGAUGGCACACCUGUACGGAUUCAGCUGAUGGACACAGCCGGACAGGAGGAGUUUGAUGGCUUCCGCUCACUAUCUUAUGCCCACACGGAUGUGUUCCUGCUGUGCUUCAGUGUGGUGAACCCCACAUCCUUCCAAAACAUCACCAAGAAAUGGAUCCCCGAGAUCCGUGCUUGCAACCCGAACUCCCCCAUAAUCUUGGUUGGAACUCAGUCGGACCUACUGUUGGAUGUCAACGUGCUCAUAAACUUGGACCGUUGCAAGGUCAAGCCUGUCCUCAGUUCACGGGCUCGGAGCUUGGCAGAGAAGAUCAGGGCGGCGGAGUACGUGGAGUGUUCAGCCCUGACGCAGAAGAACCUGAAGGAGGCUUUUGACGCCGCCAUAUUUGCAGCCAUCAAACACAAGGCCAGGAAGGCCAAAAAGAUGAGACUGUCGGACAGACGCGCAAAAGCCUUUUCAAAAUGCAGCUGGAAGAAGUUCUUCUGCUUCAUCUGACCCUGUGGGUCAAAAACACUUGAACUAUUUUGUGUAAUUUAUUAUUUAUUUUGGGACUGUUGAAAUGCAAAGUUGAUUUAACUGGAAGAACAACUUUGACCUUCGUGUGGGAUGACCUCAACUUUUUGGAUUGAAGAACAUCUCACCACUCUGCAAUCCCUGACUCAUUCCAUAACUUACUUGUUACACUGUCGUACUAAUAACACAGUGGUGCCUGUAAUAAGCUGUACACGAAAGACCACGCAAGGCCAAUCAGAUGUGGAAUAUACCCUCAAUACAGAAAGUUAAAAUAGAGCUAGUGUUGAUGUUGUAGAUCAAGAUCUGACAUAAUUUACACCCUGACAACUGCUCCCUUGGAUUCAACAUCUUCACUAUAUGAUAAGCACCUAGCACAUGUAAAUGCUAUGAAUUUGCAUUAAUCUAUGUGGCUGGUGCUCAUUCAAAGCUGUGUAAUGCUUCCCACAUGUAGGCGUCUGUGAGAAGUUGGCAGGGACCAGAAUGGUUAUCCAUUCUCUGUCUUUGUUGUGGGUGCUACCUUGUCAGACAGGACUUUUCAUAUGCAACAGCCUGAGCUCAAGCUACAGUGACACUUGUAUGCUUGAUCUCUUCCUUUUGAACACUUAAAGAGACCAAUUCGCGACUUGAGGAUUCAGUUUAUUCAGCCAACCAGCAUCUCUGGGACGGCCAUUGUCUUGCAAAUUGUUACCAUCCAGUGAGGUCUAUUUUGUUUGGGGGGGGAAACAGAGUCUUCUAUUUGGCUCGUUGAUCAGUUUUCUAGUAUUGCGCUCCCUCCCUCCCAAACUUUCCUACUCUUCUCCAUAUAUUUAUGCACCUAUUGUGCAACAUGAAGUUGGGAACUGUAGACCCCAGUCCACAAUGACUUACCUACUUUGGAGUUUGUUUAUGUUGAUUAGGGUCUUUAUCUUGAGGAGGAUUGUCUGAUAACAGUGUGUACACUUGAUAGAGUUAAAAAAAGUGCUGUUUUUACUAAAACACUACCUGUUUAUUCUUCUUGUAGAAGAUAUCUUAAAUGCUGUUUACCAGUUUUUACUGUUCUGAUUUAACGCCAGUAACAGGCGAGAACUUUUUGAUCACAUUCAAGAUGAACAUCUAAACAGUGUUUUUGUUUAAUAAUGUGACAAUAAACUGAAGUUAAAAAUCA